UGGGUCAUGGUGCGUAUUUGGAGCAUCUGGCACACUGCUCAUAGACAUGUCCGUUGUCUUAUAACGGUGUGAGACAAAAGGGCAACAGCGGACAUUUAUUAAUAACAUUAAUUAAUGCAUCGCAGUAAAUACUGCAGUCAUUAAUAAUGAUAUUAGUCAUCAUGUCUGCUGUGAAAAAUGCGUGACAGAAAGUUUUGGAACCACUGAACUAGCACUGAAUGAUGCAUGUAAAGUACAGACUAUCUGGCACAGUGCAGGGCACCGAUGAACUGCUUUGUUUUUAUGCUGUACACACACUCGGAGGGAGAUCAGUUGUCGUAGUUGUUCGGCAUUCCACUCAAAGGUGUUUAUUUUUAGCCCACAGCCAUGAUCAACCCCACACCCCCUUUAUCUGGACCUGUGCAAUUGUGUCAGAGUGAGAGAUUGUAUUACUGCUUUACUCUAGAGAACCAAACUACACAGCACAUAUUACAAGAGAAGGAUCAUAUCAAUGGGAAAUUACAAAUCAAGACCCUCGCAGACGUGUACAGAUGAGUGGAAGAAGAAGGUGGGCGAAUCAUACUCGGUGAUCAUUGAGAAGCUGGAAGAUGACCUCCAGCUCAAAGACAGUGAGCUCGCAGACCUCAAACUGGCUUUCAGCUCUGAUGAGGCUUUUCAGAAGGUGAACGUGAGCUACCGAACAGAGAAGGGGCUGUCGCUGCUGCAUCUCUGCUGUGUAUGCGGAGGUAACAAGGCCCAUAUCCGUGCCCUGAUGCUCAAAGGCUUGCGUCCUUCCAGACUGUCCAGGAAUGGAUUUACUGCGCUCCACCUGGCUGCUUACAAGGAUAAUGCUGAGCACUUGACUGCACUUCUCCAUGGAGGGUCAGAUGUGCAGCAAGUGGGCUACGGUGCCCUCACUGCCCUUCACAUAGCCACAUUGGCUGGGCACCAUGAGGCAGCAGAUAUUCUCCUGCAGCAUGGAGCUUAUGUGAAUGUUCAGGAUGCUGUGUUUUUCACCCCACUGCAUAUUGCUUCUUAUAACGGAAAUGAGCAGGUGGCAAAGCUGCUGCUGAAGUUUGGGGCAGAUGUGAAUGCGAGUGGUGAGGUUGGUGACCGGCCGCUGCACCUGGCUGCAGCCAAAGGUUUACUCGGCAUCGUCAAACUGCUGAUGGGGGAAGGAAGCAAAGCUAACGUAAAUGCCCAGGACAAUGAAGAUCAUGUUCCUCUCCACUUCUGUGCCCGCUUUGGUCACCAUGAGAUUGUUCGCUUCCUCCUGCAGGGCAACUUUGAACUACAGCCUCACUCUGUCAACAUCUACGGGGACACACCAUUGCACUUGGCCUGCUAUAAUGGGAAAUUUGAGGCAGGGAAGGAGAUUAUACAACUUUCUGGCACAGAAAGUCUGUCAAAGGAGAACAUAUUCAGUGAGACAGCACUUCACAGUGCAUGCACCUAUGGUAAAGACCUGGAGAUGGUGAAGUUCUUGUUGAGCCAGAAUGCGAUGAACAUCAACCAUCAGGGCAGAGACGGACACACAGCUCUGCACAGUGCCUGUUUUCACGGCCACAUCCGCCUGGUGCAGUUCUUGCUAGACAGCGGGGCGGACAUGAACCUGGUUGCCUGCGAUCCCAGCAGGUCCAGCGGGGAGAAGGAUGAGCAAACCUGCCUGAUGUGGGCUUAUGAAAAAGGUCAUGAUGCCAUUGUCACCUUAUUGAAACACUACAAACGUCCAGAUGAGUCCCCUUGCAAUGAGUACUCCCAGCCAGGAGGGGAUGGGUCCUACGUUUCUGUCCCGUCUCCUCUGGGAAAGAUCAAAAGCAUGACUAAAGAGAAAGCAGAAGUUCUCCUGCUCAGGGCCAGCCUCCCAUCUCAUUUCCAUCUUCAGCUAUCUGAGCUGGAGUUCAAUGAGAUUAUUGGAUCAGGCUCCUUUGGAAGAGUCUACAAAGGCAAAUGCCGAAACAGAAUCGUUGCCAUAAAACGCUACCGAGCCAACACGUACUGCUCCAAGUCAGACGUGGAUAUGUUCUGCAGGGAGGUCUCCAUCCUUUGCCGCCUCAAUCACCCCUGUAUCAUCCAGUUUGUGGGAGCAUGUUUGAAUGACCCCAGCCAGUUUGCCAUCGUAACCCAGUAUAUCUCUGGAGGCUCUCUGUUCUCUCUGCUGCACGAGCAGAAGAGGCUUAUCGACCUGCAGUCCAAGCUCAUCAUUGCCAUUGACGUGGCCAAGGGCAUGGAGUACCUGCACAAUCUCACCCAGCCUAUCAUCCACAGGGACCUCAACAGCCACAAUAUUCUGCUGUAUGAGGAUGGUCAUGCAGUGGUGGCUGAUUUUGGAGAGUCUAGAUUUCUACAAUCCGUGGAUGAGGAUAACAUGACCAAGCAGCCAGGGAACUUGCGUUGGAUGGCGCCUGAGGUGUUCACCCAGUGUACUCGCUAUUCAGUGAAGGCAGACAUGUUCAGCUACGCACUUUGUCUCUGGGAGCUGCUUACUGGAGAAAUCCCCUUCGCUCACUUGAAACCUGCUGCUGCUGCAGCAGACAUGGCCUACCAUCACAUCCGGCCUCCUAUUGGCUACUCCAUCCCAAAACCCAUCUCUGCACUUCUGAUGAGAGGCUGGUACGCCUGCCCAGAGGACAGGCCUGAGUUCUCUGAAGUGGUUUCCAACCUGGAGGAAUGCUUGUGCAAUGUUGAGCUGAUGUCUCCAGCCUCCAGUAACAGCAGUGGAUCCCUGUCACCCUCCUCUUCCUCUGACUGUCUGCUUGGCCGAGGAGGACCCGGUCGGAGCCACGUGGCUGCCCUGCGCUCCCGUUUUGAACUUGAGUAUGCUCUCAAUACUCGGGCUUACGCCUUCUGGACUCAGAGUGAGCGGCGUCGUGCAUCUGGAGGCCUUUCACUGGAGGAACUCAGAAGGAACAUGCAGUUUUCUCCUAUUGAUCGAAACGGAUACGUGUCUGAUCCCAUGAGCACCAUGAGAUUGUGCUCAUCUUUAAGCAGCAGCGGCAGCUUUGAGGACAGUAACUGAACAUGCUUUGAGCACUUAUCUCUUUUUAUUAUCAUCAUAUGAAUUCGUGCCUGUUUUUGACUUUUAAGCAAAACUGUAUAAAUAGACGAUAGAAGCACUAGAUACUGCUGACUAAGCAUUUACAGUAUAUAUCUUUCAGUUGUUUACACUCUAGUGUUGUGUCAUAUUUGGUUUAUUUGUUAUUAUGUAACAAUAUAAUGUAAUUAA